UGGGUGGGUGCAAAAAAAAAAGCUCUGUGCCAUGAAGUCCUCCUCCCUCCUCCUCCUCUCCUUCCUCCUGGGUGUGUGUGGUGUUCAGGGGGCUUCAAGUUUUAAAAUCUGUGCCUUUAACCUCCAUCACUUUGGGGAGUCCAAGGUCAAGAACAGCAAUGUUGUGCAUACUCUGGCCAGGAUCAUCACCCGCUGUGAUGUGUGUUUGCUGCAGGAAGUGAGAGACAUGAAAGGGAAAGCGGUACCACAGCUGCUCGACCGCCUCAACAGUUACGACCCUGACCAUGAGUAUGCCUCUGUGGCCAGCGAGCGGCUGGGCAGGUCCUCCUCGUACCAGGAGCAGUACGUGUUCGUCUACAGGACUGACACGGUGUCAGUGACCGGACAGUAUCAGUACCCUGAUGAUCGUGAAGGAGACGUUGAUGCUUUCUCCAGAGAGCCCUUCAUUGUCCGCUUCAAAGCCCCAAAGACAGAUAUAAAGGAGUUUGUCCUCAUACCUCAGCACACCACUCCAACCAACACCACUAAAGAGCUCGAUGCACUUUAUGACGUUUUGCAACAUGUGAGGAAGAUGUGGAAAACUGAGAACGUGAUGCUUCUCGGGGAUUUCAACGCUGACUGCGGCUACCUGGCUAAGAAGAACAGGAAGCACGUGAGACUGCUCACAGAGAGGAACCUCUACUGGCUGAUCCCAGAGAAGACGGACACCACUGUGAGAUCCAGCACCUCCUGCACCUACGACAGGAUCGUUGUGCACGGAGAGAGGUUUGCCAGAUCCGUCGUGCCUACUUCAGCCGCCCCGUUCAACUUCCAGAAGGCAUACCGACUCUCAGAGGAGCAGGCGCUGGAUGUGAGCGACCACUACCCGGUGGAGGUCCUGCUGAAGGGCGCUGCAGACAGAGUGUCUCUCAGUGUCGGGACGUUCCUGUCUUUGUUUGUCCUCAAAGUGUUAACAUGAUGUCAACACUGAUGAGACUUUCCUGAUUCUCCAACAUGUGGAGUCCAACUGACCACAUAUCACAGAGCACAGGAAUGUUAGGUUCAGGGUUAUGAAAAACAAAACAAAAUAUUACUGUAAUUUGUCAUUAUGAACAUCGACCUGUUUAUCUGCAUAGGAGUAUGAUGCACUGCAGAGAACACAGUAUGAUGGACAUGUUGAAAACGUGGAUGGAGUUCAUUUUCUCUUUCAGGAAAAUUGGACCCUUUCAUUAAUCCUCUCAAAUUGCUCCAAAGCAGAGAGGGUGAGCUCACAUUAGCUGCUCCAGAAUAAUAAAGCUGCCUUCUACAAACUGGCUGCAGUAUCAUCAAAACUCUAAAAGCUAAAUAAUGCAAAAAAUGAUUAUAAGAUAAUACAUUCUUGUGUCCAGGAUUGAAAUCUAAGUGACUCAGAGUUCUCAGGUGAAAUAAGUAGUUUAAGUUAAUAAACCAUUAAGCUAAAGGAAUAAUUAAAGUUCUUCAACAUUAUAAAUCGACUCGAGCAACUGAAAUAAUGACAUUGAGUAAAAUGUGAUACUAUAAUUUAUGAAUGAAUGUAUCUUUAACAUAAUGCUUAAUAAUACAGAGAAAAAGGUGAGUUUGUUGCCAAUAUUAUAAAUACAUUAUUUUACAUUUUCAUGUUGGAAUGUAGAAUAUAUUUUAUUUUAUAUAUGACUCUCUUUGGACUUCUUUAAGCAAAUGCACAUUUUUGUAAUGAAAUGUAAAAGCUGGAUGAGUUCAUAUGAAUCGGAUAAGGUUUGUGGUGUGGUGUGUGUGUGUGGUGUGGUAUGGUGUGUGUGUGUGUGGUGUGGUAUGGUGUGUGUGAUAUGUACAUAUUUCUGGACUCAACACUUGUAUCAUUACUGUAUGUUUCUUUGAUUUGAUACUAACAAAAAGAGAAUGGCAAUACAUAUUGCCCCUAGAUUCCACCGGGUCCGUCUGCGGCGCGUUACGGCCGCGUUACGGCUGCGUUACGGCUGCGCCGCGGCGCUCACGGCGAUCGCGGCCACUCUAGUC